AUGGCUAAGAAUCCGACGAUCAAGAUGAUUGAUGCACAUCAGCUGUCGUGCACCUGCGCAGCACCAUUCCCCACAAAGCAAAACCCUCACAAAGCCCUCGCCAGUGAAGCCACACACUCUUCGGCAACAAUAACUCAGAAAAUGGCUUGGCGCUCAGCUGGUUCGUUGUCUCGGUCUUUGGUGUCUACCGCUAGGGUUUCGUCGCUCCGUUCGGCGCUACCUCUCCGUCGUCUCCGUCCGCCGACUGUCUCCACUCCUCGUCGCCUCUCAUUCGCUUCUCCCAGGAACUUGGGAGAACUGGGCUGCAUACAAUCGCUUUUGCCAAUGCACAGUGUGACGGCUGCAACUUGCCUCACAUCUCACCUGGCUGUCAAUGCGCGUGGUUGUUGCGAGUUGUCACACGGUACCUUCUGCCGUACUUGUCAGGAUCGCUAG